AUGUUACCUACGACUGUCGGAACGAUCAGGAGAUCGCUAACAAACUUCCCCACGGCAGUCGCCGCAUUUGGUUAUGUCGCCCCGGAAAGCGGUUUCAGAAGUCACAAUGGGCAAACGAAUUACGGCGUGAGGGAUCAACCGUUUCUGGAUUCGGACGAAAUUGACGAACUGGAUUAUCGCCAAGCACACAGCAUCGGCGGAUCUGCAUUUGGUUAUAAUGGCCUACAGCUGCAGCACAACUUGGACGAUAGCUUGUUGCGUAGUCAGAAUUUUAAGAUCAGCCCGAAGCCAUGCUCGGUGGGGCGCAUAGAGGGCACCUGUAUGUUUGUGUGGGAGUGUAUCAAAUCUGAAGGCCGUCAUGUGGGCAUGUGUGUUGACUCGUUUAUGUUUGGAUCUUGUUGUGCCCACAAUUAUACGGAUAACAUAGUGUUGCCCAACACAUUUUCGUAUACACGGCCCACAAAACCCAUUGGCAUGGGGAGUAUGAACCAUCGUCCGAGGCCGCCACAGCAUCCGCACAAGCCCAGUAUUACUGGCAUGACUACCAUCGAGAGGCCGCAUGGAGCCGGAACUUUGGUUAUUAGACCAUCUGGUCCCCACCAUCAGGGUCCACUUGUGAAACCGCAACAGUCAAAGCCUUCAUACAGCACUACCACAGCACCGGUCACAUCCACCACAACAGACAAUCCUACAUUGAUCUGGACAUCGAACGCUGUACUGGGGGAUCUACAAUCCUCGGCCAGUAUAUCAUCGGCUUCAACAAGUAAGUAUUUUCAAGUAUUCAACACUAUAUUUAUUUUACAUCAUCAUCUUCUUCUUCUCCUUUUUGGUGUUCUAGUCAACCACCAACAACAUUGGCACCUGACAACGGAACCAAAUUUCAUAACCAAACCAAGGCCUCCGGCCUGGGAUAAACCGGGUACAUUUCGACCGAAACCUCCGAAACCAAGUAAAAAGCCCACAAUGCCCACACCACCAGAUUGGCACACUACCCAAACGCAAUUGUCCUAUACAUCGCCAUCCUAUGGAUCAUAUUCAACCAGAAAGCCAACAACAAAUGCUCCCACAUUAUCAUCUACCACCACAUGGAAAACCACCACGACAAGCAUAGCUACCACAGCUCUAAAGCCGUCGUCAACAGCACCGUCAACGACAAACAAAACAAAGCCCCAGCAUUUUCUAUUUCUCCCGCUGCAGUUUGUGGGACAAAAUAGCAAACCGACAACAGCACCAGCAUCUAGUUUCACCUAUGCCAAACCAACCUCAACUAGUUCGGCAGCAACGACAGCGGUUACAACGCCCAUCAUCACAUCAUCCUCGAGGCCCUCAUCGUCAGCAGCCACAACAACAACGACAGUCAAUACAAAGAAGCCAGAGACGACAACGACAGCAGGUGUUUUACCCACCAAAACAACAACACAGCGACCAACAUCAUCUUCACGGCCAUACACAACGACAAGCUCCAUUGCAUCGUCAACGUCAUCAGCCCCGCACACACUGUCCCCCAACAAUAUUAGCGCCAUUGAAACGAACGAAAUCGGUGAUAAUUCCGUUGAUGGUGGCGACGUCAUAAAAACCGUGUCGGCAGCUCGCAGUGAAUGUGGAAUUCCUGUUUUAACGCGGCCGGAAACGCGUAUUGUUGGCGGUAAAAGUGCUGCCUUUGGCCGGUGGCCUUGGCAGGUGUCUGUACGUCGUACCUCUUUCUUUGGCUUUUCAAGUACGCACCGCUGUGGUGGAGCUCUAAUCAAUGAAAACUGGAUUGCCACAGCCGGUCAUUGUGUCGAUGACCUCUUGAUCUCGCAGAUACGAAUACGGGUGGGUGAAUAUGACUUUGCACAUGUCCAGGAACAGUUGCCCUACAUUGAGAGGGGAGUGUCGAAGAAAAUUGUGCACCCGCAGUAUAACUUCUUUACAUACGAAUAUGAUUUGGCCUUGGUGAAAAUGGAACAGCCAUUAGAAUUCGCCCCACAUGUUAGUCCCAUAUGUUUGCCGGAAACAGAUAGCCUGUUAAUCGGUAUGAAUGCCACAGUGACGGGCUGGGGACGUUUAAGCGAGGGUGGUACUUUGCCAUCAGUUCUGCAAGAGGUUUCAGUGCCGAUUGUUAGCAAUGACAAUUGCAAGAGUAUGUUCUUGAGGGCUGGUCGCCAGGAAUUCAUACCGGAAAUUUUCUUGUGUGCAGGUUAUGAGAAUGGAGGCCAAGACUCCUGCCAAGGUGAUUCUGGUGGUCCUUUACAGGUCAAAUCACAAAAUGGUCAUUACUUCUUAGCCGGCAUCAUAUCGUGGGGUAUUGGCUGUGCCGAAGCUAACUUGCCCGGUGUCUGCACCAGAAUUUCGAAAUUUGUUCCUUGGAUUAUGGAGAAUGUGACGUGAUU